CGGGGCCACCCCCGUAAACAAACCCCGAAAAUCCGAGCGGCCUCCACGAACUCCUCCACUCUGCAACGACAUAAAAGAGCCGCGUCGUCGCUUCCCUUCCAGCCUUCCAGGCUUCCACACGCAUCUCCCCCUCUUCCUCCCCGACCUCGCCGCCUCCGCCGUUGACCCCGGCGGCCGCCGCCGGCGAGGCAGCACCUCGCCGGACGCCCACCCGCGCUCCUUGAUCUGCUUAUUCCCCCUCCGGCAAUCCCUGUAGCCGCCUCCGGCCGCCCUCCAGCGGAACCCUAGAUCUCCGAUACCCCGCGCGCCGUCCCGCCGACGGCCACCCGAUCGGAAUGGGCCGCCAUCUCCAGUAAGGUCCAGCGACCCAGGAGUACCCGCCUCGGCCUUUGCGCGUGUGCGAGGCGCCGCCGCGAUGGCGAUACGCAUCACCGUGUCCUACUCGGGCUACGUGGCGCAGAACCUGGCCGCGUCCUUCGGCCUGCGGUGCACCAGCGCCGCCGCUGCCGGCGCUGGCGCGGCGCCCGGCCCGGGGUCCCGCUUCCUCCAGGACGCGCUAUCCCGCCCCUUCUGCCUCUUCGCAACCUCCCGCCGCGCCGACCCCCACCAUGACGCCGAGGAUCACAACCACCCGAAGCCCAGGCCCAGGGCUCUGCCUCCGGCCGCCCCCGCGGGAGGCGGCCAUUCGCUGUUGCUGCCGCGGUCGUCCUUCACGAAACCGCCGGUGGAUGACCCGCCAACGUCGCUGGCCGUGGGCCUGCUGUCGGUGUUCGCGUCCGGGAUGGGUUCGACUGGUGGCAUUGCGGGGGCCUCCUCCCUCGCGGCGUCCCCGUCAAUAUCAGCCGGAUUCAACCCUGCGGCGCUCCUUCCGUUCCUGCAGGCGACCAAGUGGCUCCCCUGCAGUGACAUUGUCACUGCUGCCACGGCGUCCCGCGGCUCAGGACGCCCAGCAGUUGCCUCGACUGCGCCUGCACCGCGAGCAGCAGGUGCCUCAACAGCGCCUGCACCACGCGCAGCUGUCCCAUCACCCGGUCAUGCACCACGCAGGGCUGUCCCAUCGCCCGGUCCUGCACUUGUGCCAUCACCUGCUGUUGCUGCUCCUUCCAAGGUGGGCAUUCAAGCUUUGGUUGGUAGUGCCAGCAUUGCCUCAGGUUCAGCUGGAAUUGGUAGUGGUGCGAUUGCCUCCGGUGCAGCUGGGAUGGUGAGGAAGAGUGGUGCUAGUCUUGCUGCUGGUGCAAGGGUGAGCAGGAAGGCCGGUUGGCUCUCAAGGUGGGUGAGCUCAUGCUCGGAUGAUGCGAAGACUGUCUUUGCUGCUGUGACUGUGCCACUGCUCUAUAGAUCAUCCCUAGCUGAGCCGAGGUCCAUCCCUUCCAAGUCAAUGUACCCAACAUUUGAUGUUGGUGACCGAAUCCUUGCUGAGAAGGUUUCUUACAUUUUCCGGGAGCCGGAAGUUUUGGACAUUGUGAUCUUUCGUGCACCUCCAAUCCUUCAGGCAUUGGGCUACAGCUCCAGUGAUGUAUUCAUCAAGAGAGUUGUGGCGAAGGGUGGGGACAUCGUUGAAGUACGUGAUGGUAACUUGUUGGUUAAUGGAGUAGUCCAGGAUGAAGAAUUUGUGCUGGAGCCAGCUGACUAUGAAAUGGAUCCACUGACUAUCCCUGAAGGCUAUGUAUUUGUAUUGGGGGACAAUAGAAACAACAGCUUUGAUUCUCAUAACUGGGGACCGCUUCCAGUGAAGAGCAUUCUAGGGAGAUCUGUGCUUCGGUACUGGCCACCAUCGAAAAUAACAGAUACAUAUGAGCAUGAUAUGGAGCAAUUCACAGUCGCCGCCUCCUGAGAUAUGCAUUGUGGCAAUACCACAUGGAAAAUCCAGUCCCAUCUUUCCUCCUUUUUUUCAGGCUGGGCUUUACUGACAAGUGAUAAGCUGAGCCGCAGUUUUUGCAUUCUUAUUUAUUGGAUGUCGCCUUGCCGCAGAUGCCCAUUGGCAGCUUGGCUGACAGAUUAGUUUUUCCCUCCCUACGGGCAGAUGCUCUUUUGAAGGAAACAAUUCCUGUACUAUGUAGCUUAAGAUGGAAGCCCUGUAUGCAUGUUUGUAAAGGCAGAUGAAUGAGCAGCAUGUCUGGCAGUAGGCUUAGUAUCACAUGGCAAGUUCUGUUAUGUUUUGAGACAUGGAUAUGAUGUUUGAAAUUUGUGUAAAGGAAAUAGAAGCAGAAAAAAUUGCUCGUUCUGCAUUAUGUGGCUCUCUUCAUUCGUGUAUUGGCCAGCAUGGUGCCGAUGCCGAGGGAGGGCAACCGUAUGGUUGGACAGAAUUCUGUAUUCAACCCGACAAGGAAUUGUAUGAUGUAAAAUUUUGGACUUCAAUUUUUGCCAUACUAGCUUAUUAUCUUGA